AUGUACGGCCGGGGGCUUAGCCUCCGCAUGGGUAUCAUGCUGACUUGCCAGAUAUCAUUCGUUCUCUUCGGUGCGAAGCCUCUAGACCAGCAUCCCCGUUACAACCAGGGUGUCUUUUCUGGAAUCGUCGGCAAUGAGAACUUUCUCGGUCUCGUUGGGCACCCCAGCUCUGCAGUUAUUGGUAUCAUCGUGUCUAUCUACAACCUGGGAUGUGUCGCUGGCACAGCACUCGCUUUUAUGGCUAGUGACAAGAUAGGCUUUCGAAGGACAAUGUGGUUCUCCAUGGCCUGGAUCUUGGUGGGAGCAACGGUCCAAACUUGCGCCUACUCCAAGGCGCAGCUCCUUGUCGCCCGCUUCGUGACGGGCAUAGGCACCGGCAUUAUGAGCUCUGCGGUGCCCGUGUACCAAUCGGAACUCUGCGAUGCCCGGAAACGAGGAAUGCCCCGUGAACUGGCGGCUUCCCAUAGCGUGCCAGCUUGUCUUUGUGGUGCUCGUGAUCUUGAUGGUAUUUGGCUAGGGCUUUUGGCUAACGAGUCUCCGUCCCCGCCGGGGUGGUCCGCAUCAAACAGUCUCCCAGAAAGUCCCCGAUGGCUCUUUCGAGGAGGCCGGAAUGAAGAGGGUAUCCAGGUGCUGUGUGAUGUCUAUGACCGGGCCACCGACGAUCCCAAGAUCGUCCAGGACUGCCAGGGCAUCUUCAAAGCCAUCGAGGUGGACAACCUUCGUGGUGAGUACCGGUGGUCUCAGAUCUUCAAGAAAGAUGAGCUACACACGGGUCGACGCGUCCUGCUUGCGUAUGGAUUGCAGUUCAUGAAUCAGAUGGGCGGAGUCAAUGUGAUUGUCUCACUGACCCAGUGGAAUCCAGUGCUGGAGGUCAACGUUGGCAUGGACAAGCAACUCAGUCUACUCCUGGGCGGAGCCAUCCAGGUGAUGUUUGUCAUAGGCUCGUUCUAUCCCACUUUCUACUCGGAUCGACUAGGCCGACGAAAGCCAAUGAUCUGGGGAUCCAUCGGCCUUUUCGUGUGUAUGCUGAUGAUCUCCAUUCUUUUGUCCUUCAAGGGAACCCCCCAGCAGAAGCCCGCCGCCACCGCGUCGGUGGCAUUCUUCUUCCUCUUCAUGCUCAUCUUCGGCGCCUCAAUCAACUGCAUACCGUGGGUGUACGGGCCGGAGCUUCUGCCUCUUCAUGUGCGCGCAAAAGGACAAGCCAUCGGAGUCUCGGCCAACUGGACGUGGAAUUUCUUCGUGGCCAUGAUCGCCCCCUGCCUGAUUGAGCAACUCGCGUGGAAGGGGUAUCUGAUUUUCAUGGCUCUGAACCUGGCCUUUGUUCCGUGUGCUGUGUGCCACGACACGAUGCAUCUGUGUUCUGCUCCUCUUCUCGGCUCCCACCGAAACGGCAGUACGCUGCGAGGGGGGUUACCGCCGUGGGUGUGUGAAACGGGCAUUAGCAAUGUCAGAGAUAGCUCCGUCUCGAUCACAGUAUGA